AUGGCCUCACACUCCACCGCCGCCACCACCACCACCAACGACACAACCCCACCACUCACAAAGCGCACGCCCGUCUACUUCGUCUCCCACGGCGGACCCACGACCAUGUACGACCGGCAGCACCCGGUCUUCCCCAAACUGCAGUCCCUAGGCCAGGAGAUCAUGCAGAAAGUGCGCCCCAAAGCCAUCGUCGUAAUCUCCGCGCACUGGCAGUCCAUGGUUCCGGGUGCGGUCCAAGUCAACGGCGCCGAGCACGAGCCGCUGCUCUACGACUUCUACGGGUUUCCGCGCCACUACUACGCCGAGAAGUUCCCGCAUGUGGGCUCGAGGAGUUUGGCGGAGAGGGUGGUCAGGGUGUUGGGGGAGGGAGGGGUGAGGGCGGUGUUGACGGAGAGGGGGUUGGAUCAUGGCGUGUUUGUGCCGUUUAAGAUCAUGUUUGAUAAAGAAGUGGAAAGUGAGUUGACGGUGCCGGUUGUGCAGGUUAGUCUGAGACCGCAGGAGGAGGAGGGGGAUGCGGAGAGCCAUUUGAAGAUGGGGAGGGCCCUGGAGAAGUUGAGGGGAGAGGGGGUGCUGGUUGUGGUGAGUGGGAUGGCGGUGCAUAAUCUGAGGGAUUUUAGGGGUGGUGCGGGUAGGGGGGUUGGUGGGUUUGCGUAUGCGGAGAGCUUUGAUAUGGCGCUUAAGGAGGCGGUGGAGAGGCAACCCGGUGAGGAGAGGGAUCGGGAGAUGAAGGCGCUGUUGCAGAGGAGAGAUGCCAGACAGGCUCAUCCGACUUUUGAGCAUUUGCUGCCGAUUCAUGUUGGCGUCGGCGCUGCGGGCAGUGAUCAGGGGAGGAUGCUGUGGACGAAGGUGGAGGGGAGUAUGAGCUGGGGACAAUAUCGCUUUGGGGAGGUGGAGGCUUAG